AUGCCUCGCGCGAGUGUCAAGGAGGACGGUGGAGCGUCGGCGGCGGCGGUUCGGAGGCGAAGCUCGCUGUCCAUUCGCGUGAGCUCCUGCGUCGAGUGCCGCCACCGCAAGGCUCGAUGCUCGAGGACGGCCAACUGCUCGAACUGCAGGAUGCGGGGCAUACUGUGUACUUGGCUCCCGGGAACGUGCCCAAGACGUACGGAGGAGGAGGCGACGAUCGAGGCUCAAGACGUCGAGAUCCGCCGCCUCAAGAUCCGCGUCAUGGCCCUCGAGGACCAGGUCAUCUCGCUCGGCGGCGGCCUCGAUCCCCUCGAGCGUCUGAGCGCGCCGCUCGGCAUCACGACGUCGCCUCGCGGCAGUGUCUCGCUCGAGGUGCCGCCGCUCGUGGACCGUCGCGACUCGUCGGCGUCGUGGCUGUCGACCUCGUCCGACACGUCGGCCUCCUCGAGAAGGGCAUCGUCGGACGAGCUCUUCCCGCCCGUGUGGACCCUGUCGUCCUCGCGGUCGUCGCUCCCGCUCGUCGAGGACGAGGACGAGGGCGCCGUGCCGGACCUCGUCGUCGCAGAGCUCGCGGCGACGUCGCUCGCCGGGCCCGACGAGUACGCGUUCCCUCGCCCGCCGACACUGCCGUCGCUCGCCCUGCCCGCCCUGCCGACGUUCCCCGUCUCGCCGUCGCCGUCGAGCGCGACGGCGCAGGUCGGCGCGUGGCCGCCGAGGCGCGGCUCGACGCUCGACCCGCUCACGAGCCUCGUCGAGUGGCGCGUCUGCGCGCCGCCUCAGUGCGCCUCGGCAGGGCCGCUCUCGUCGUCCAUCUUGCUCGGCGGGUGUGUCCCGCCCGUGCUCUCGCUGCGCACCGAUGCCUGAGCCAGGGCCGGGCGUGCGGGUACGCCUGCA